AUCCAUUGAGAGAGAUGCACCAACCAAUCAGUCAACAAGGUCUCUUGGAAGAUCUCUUGGCUCCAACCACAGAGACAUGGUCCACAUUUUCUAAUUCUCAAGAACUCACCACCAUUGACACACAAUUAUUCUCCACUCAACAAGAUGACUUACUCCUUUUACCUACUUCUUCAUCAUUCUCAAACUCAUCUUCAUUUUUGGAGCUCAUUUCAUCAUCCAUGCAACCCGAUUUUCAAUCCCCUUACACCGAUGAAUCAAUCUACUCUUCGGUACCAUGUUUUGAUGGCUUCAUGCCGCUUAACGGGUCGGUUUCUUCAUCAUAUGAUCAACAAAUGAUUCCACUAAUGGUGGAAGAAGAUGACAAUGAAUGUGAUGAAGAUCACAAGCAUCAUGUUGUUUCUCAUGACCAAAUCCCAACUGUUUUCAACAUGGGAUCCAAUAAGGAAAAGAAGAGUAAAUCUAAGAAAGUUGAAGGACAACCUUCCAAGAAUUUAAUGGCCGAAAGACGUAGGCGAAAACGGUUAAAUGAUCGGCUUUCUAUGCUUAGAUCAAUUGUUCCAAAAAUAAGCAAGAUGGAUAGAACAUCAAUACUUAUGGAUACAAUAGACUAUAUGAAAGAGCUUAAGGAAAAGAUCCAAGAUUUGAAAGACCAAGACAUUGAAUCUGGUGUGGAUCAUAUGAAACUAGUGGGGAAUUUUAAGGAAUCUAACAUGAAUGAAUCACAAGUUAGGAAUCCCCCAAAGUUUGAUGUAGAAAGAGGAAACUCGGAUACCCGGAUCCAGAUUUGUUGUUCAACGAAACCCGGAUUGUUGUUAUCGACAGUGAGCACACUUGAAGCACUUGGUCUAGACAUACAAGAAUGUGUCAUAAGUUGUUUCAAUGAUUUUUCACUUCAAGCUUCUUGUUCUGAGGCGCAAGAUCAUCGGUCGGUUAUAAAUUGCGAAGAACUGAAGCAAAUCCUGUUCAGAAAUGCAGGCUAUGGAGGGAGAUGUUUGUAAAGAAAGAUGGAUGCAAAUGAAGAUGAAGUUUUAAACAUGUAAAAAGGUUUAGGUGAUAAUGGAUUGUUAAUUCUUUUGCAGGUUUAAAAAUUUAGAACUGUUUUGUUUUGUUUUGUGAUGAUAAAGCUGUUAUGCUUUUUAGUUUAUUAAUAAUAAAUCAUUGUCCAAAGUCA